AUGCAAAUGUUACAACUUCUCCUGGAUCACAACGGAGAUCCAAAUAACAAAGCUUGCCGGGCAAGAAUAAGCCCUGUUCACCUGGCAGCCGUAAGUAAAUUCCGCAAUGGCCCUAAUGUCUUGAAAUUGUUGCUGGAAAAGGGCGGCAAGGCUAACGCCCUUGAUGGAGAUGGUAGAACUCCUGUCCACUCUGCCGCUAAAAACGAUUCUGAGUUUGGACCGGAUCUCUUGAAAAUUCUAAUAGAGAAAGGGGGGAAAGUUGACGUUUUUGACACACAAAAAAUUACGCCUACGCAUCUGGCUGCUGCCAACAGUUCGGAUAGUGGACCAAGCAUCUUGAAGAUUCUUCUAGAAAAUGGUGCCAAUCAAAACACUGCGGAUGAGAAUCAAGAAACACCAGUUCAUUACGCAGCCAAAAACAAAUCAAGCUCCGCCCCAAGCAUUUUAAAAAUUCUUUUGGAAAACGGAAGAAACUUCAACGUGUUUAAUCGUUCGAAGGAAUCACCAUUCGAUUUGGCAGUUAUGAAUACAUCGCACUCAUCGCCGAGACUCUUGGAAAUUUUUCUGGAAAAGGGUUUCAGUCCUAAUGUAGCGAAUUCCGAAGGAGUUACAUCUGUCCAUUUAGCGGCUGCAAACGGAUCAAAAUCAGGACCGAGACUUCUAACUCGUUUACUAGAAAAUGGUGGGGACUGUAACGCCGUUGAUGGAAAAAACAAGAGACCUAUUCAUUACGCGGCCGAGAACAGAUCAUGCGUAGCCACAGAAAUUGUGAAAAUUCUUCUAGAUAAAGAUUGCGAUCCUAAUGCGAUUUUUACUUCGGGCGUGACUCCUGUUCAUCUUGCAGUCCAGAAUUCCUCAGGACUGGGCAUUUUGGAGCUUUUACACAAAAGAGGAGCAAAUCUUGACUUUUGUGAUGAAAGUGGCAGAACACCUGUUCAUCGUGCAGCCGAGAUCAAAUUAAAUCCAAGCAUAAUGGAAUACCUUCUGGACAACGGCGGGGAACGUUAUGUUAAUGCGGUUGAUGUCUGUGGUGAAAAUUUUACGAAAUAUAGUAUGGGUGACACAGAUUGGCGAUUUCGCGAACUCGACCUAUCUCCUGAUCGGAAAAGAAAAAGAACGCCUGUCCAUUAUGCAGCCGAAAACGAGUUUUCAGGUUUUUAUCCGGAAGUCCUCGAACUUCUUCUUAAAAGAGGUGGGAAUCCCAACUUUGAAGACGAACGGAAAAGAACUCCAGUCCAUUUAGCCGUUCGAAAUCGAGGAAUGAAGAAUUGGAGAGUCUUAAAAAUUCUCUUAAAAAACAAAGGAAAUCCUAACGCCGUUGACGACCAGUUGAUGACACCUGUUCAUUUUGCUGCUAUGCAUCCACAUGAAAAAAUAAAAAUGAUGAAACUUCUCAUGAAACACGGCGGAGAUCCAAACGCUGUUGAUUCUUCCGGGCGAACACCUCUUCAUUAUGCGGCCAUGAAUGAAUUUAUCGGUGCACCACAAAUCAUGGAACUACUUUUAGCAAAUAACGGAGAUCCGAACGCAGUUGACAAUUCUGGACUUAACCCAGCUCACUGCUGCCGUGUUAAGAAUCCAUCGGGAAAGGUGGCCGAGAGAAUCUUGGAAACAUUGAUGAAGUUCGGAGGCAAUUCUGAUGCUGCUGACCGUGAAGGAUGA